UACACCUUCCGAACACGGCCCGGGGUGUUUCAACAGGAUCACACCCAUCGUGAUGAGCAACAGCAUCAGAGGCAAUGACACAGCUCGCAACUCGGGUGUUCUCGAUGUAUGUUGGACCACCAAUUCAAAGAAGCCCGAGCCACGACUUCGAGAACCCCACGACUCUUGUCCUCUCCAUUGGUGAGAUCGCUGACCUAAGAUAACACCGCUGCCUCCGCUGUUCAUUCUAUCCCGGCUUCUGGUCUAUAUAUGCGCACGCUGUUUCACUCCAUGUCUCACUCACUAGUUCGCUCUUCAUUCCCUCCCAUGACCCUCGACGCCCUCCCCAUCGAGCUCCUGCACAAAGUCAUUGCCUUUCUGGACAUCGACGAUGUGCUCACCUUACGCCAGGUCUCUCCAUACUUGGACGCCUCAACCUACGACAACAGAUCAUGGAAGAGAAUCUACAGCUCCAGCCGCUUCCCUCGACCCCCUCUCCCCUCCGCAGACCACAGCAGAGACACCCUCGAACGCAUUCUGCGCCAGAGCAGCGCCGUGCACCGAAACAUGAUCGUCGCACCCAAACUUAGCUCAACACGCGCCAUCCAAGUGUCCGGCGACAGAUCGCCACUCUUGCUCGGCGGACGAUGGCUGCUCACCCGCUCGCCGAAACAAAUUCUUUGUCGUGACCUGGACGCAUCGCCCGCCGCAGAAGGAGAUCGGUUUCCGCCAUCUGUCAUAUAUCAACCAGAGAACGGGAGCGUGGGCGCGUUCACCUGCGCGGAGGUCACAGGAUAUGAUGGGAAACACCACGCGUUCAUCGUGUUCAUCGAGAGAACCACUAGCCUUUCCGUGGUGGUGCUGCAGAUGCAGGGCGGCUGCAACGCCAGUCUGCAUCGACCGUACUUCAAAGAGAUAUACCGUCGACAAGGGCCCUCGCGCUUCGUCACCACUGAAUGGGACCCGCCAUCAGUCGUCGAAGCGAUCAUUAGUCCUUCAGCUUUGCUCAUCACAUGGUCGAGCAGCCGGUACCGUUACGUCAUCCUCGACAUCGACACCUCGCAAGAAGUGCGGAGGUCUCCCGAAGGCGUUGUCGUGCCACCUCAGCUGGACAACAUUGAGGAUCAUCCUCAGGUCGACGCAUGCGUGCCCCCAGAGUGCUUCUCGCAGAGCUACAGUCUUACGAGUUCGCAUCUCCUCGUCGUACGGACGUACACCGAAACGACCGCGUCCGAGGGCCGAUCAGAGAAGACGCGGAUCGAUGCGACGCCCUUGGCUGCUCUCAUCGGCGCCGAGAGGACUCCUCCGUCCGCAUCGUUCGGUGUAGUCGACGGCACGUUGCGGAACCUGCGGCUCUUGCGUGACUCUGCCGUAGAUCUUGAGACUGGGAUGUCCAGCGUCUUCGUGCUGGCUUCUCGCGAGAACGAAUCUCGGCUUCCCGACUCGCCGCCGACGCUAGUUGCUGCUCGUCUUCUUAUUCCCUCGGCUGCGUCUACAGCGCCGAUCAGCAUACAGCUGAUAGAGAUCGAGGGCAUGAGCGACUUUACCUCUAGCAGUCUGGUCGUCCCUCCAUCUGUGAACGGCUCGACACGCAUCCUGUACAGCGACGAAGGAACUCCGUGGCAUCCCAAGUUCGAGGUUGGUGCCCUGGCCGUCGUUCACGAUGAGGAUACUGGCGCAGUCAGAUGCACAGCGAACACUGUAGCUUCUUCUGUGCGGUUCUUUGGCGGCCUCGAGGCUGAGAACAAGAGAUGGAGUCUUGUCGAUGCGGAUCCGAUUCGGGGUAGAGUGUGCUUCGUCGAGGAUGAACUGAACCGGAGAGCACGAAGGAAUAGCAUCAUCAGCAUGGUUCACAUAUGUGACUUUGUAGAAAUAUCUAGCCCGAUGUAUACCUAGCAGCCAUUGUAGCAUACGACUUGUCUUGUUCGAACCACAGAGACUUUG